CGUACCGUAUUCGGUUUGGUGCGGUAACGCAGUAGCCUAGUGGUCUUUGUAAUUGCUGGACAUAAACAUAUCUACAUUUUCAGGUAAACGUUGUACUAACUAGGCAUUGUCAUGGAGAAAUCUAAGCUUUCAGUGGAGGAUAAAACUGACCAAUCCAGUCAAAUGAGCACACUUGAUUUAUAUGAAGAUCUGCUGAUAAAUGAAAAUCGGGAUGGCGAAGAGGGAAAUAGAAUAUUGACCAUGAAAGAGGUAUUAUCCGAAAAACAUUCACUGGAAGAACAAAACAAAUUAUUGCUUCAGAAUCUAGUAGAAGAAAAGCAAAAGAGUGAAAAACUGAAAGAGGAGAAACUGAAUGUAGAGCAGAAUUUAAAAUCUUUGCUUGCUACUGCGAAGGUUGAAUUGGCUCGAAAAAAUAGAUUAUUGAAUCAUUAUAUUGGUGGAAGAGAAUCUCAGACUGUGUCGAAAAAUCAACCAAAGUCUAUAGCACCUCGUGCUAAUGAUACUGCAAAACAAAAAAGAUUACUCGCUUUGUAUAAAGGACGCAGAGCAGAUGAUUCAGAACUGACAAAUGCUCAGACAUCUUCGCAUGGAUUGUUACAACAUAGAGGUGAAAAAAUGGUCGGAGUGGCAACAAAAGUGAUUGGAUCCAGUUUUGAAAAUUCCACUGUCACCUCUAAAUCAAUGCUAUCUGCUCAAUAUCACAUGUCAUUUAACAAUAGAAUGAAUCAAGCGAGUAAUCGGAUGAAUUCUACAUUUCUAACUGAAACAGGCCUGGUACAUGAAGGCCGCUCAACAUCGACAAUUACGUCAUGUGAUCAAAAACAAACUACAAAAGACAAACCUCAAAAUUCCAAUAUUUCGAUGACCAGAAAUUUGUCACCUGAACAGGUACAAAAAAGUCGAAGGACACCAAUACGUAACUCAAGUAAUCAAGAACAUUCUGUGAAAGACCAAACAAAAAGUCAUACUGUUGGUACUUCGGGAAAAUUGUCACCCAAGCAGGUUCAGGAAGGUCAAAGGUCAUCGACGAAAAACUCAAGUCAUCAAGAACACUCUGUGAAAGACUAUAAACAAAGUCCUACUGUUCCUACUUCGAAAACGCUGUCAUCCAGACGGGGGAAAAAAGAUGACCGGUCACCUGCGACUAGUUCAAGAAGUAGAAAACAAACCACAAAAGAUCAAAUGCUAAGUCAUCAAAAACACUCUGUGAAAGACUCUAAACGAAGUCCUACUGUUCAUAAUUCAAAAACUUUGUCCCCCAGACAGGUGAAAAACGAUCCAUCUGCGAUUAGUUUAAGUAAAAAACAAACUGCAAACGAUCGAAUGCUUAUCUUCAAUGCCAAAACAUCUAAGAAUUCUUCAACUGGCCUUGAUUCCAUUUUGUCUAAACUAACAGAUAGGUUAUAUCGAGAGAACCCUGCGAUUGAUAUUCGAGAUCUUGACGCAUCUGAUAAUAAUGAUGGCGUUAGUUUUAAACAAAAAAACAUUGGUUUAACUGCUGAUAGAGCUCAAAGCUCUUAUGAAAAGUAUUCUAUGGAUCUUUAUAAUAUCCCACAAACAACUAACAGUGAUAUAAAAAGUACUACUGAUGUUGCGAAAUCGUCGGCCAUUGCCAUAAAUCCAAGGACUAAUACAAUAUCCCUGAAUAAAAAUGGAAACGAAACAAAAAGUUCCGAUCAUGCUCCUAAGAAACUUAACUCCGUUCUUAAAAAUACCGAAGACUCCGAAAGAGAUGAUGUGAAUAAACUUUCCAAAGAACAGACUAGCACUUCUCAGCUAUCAAAAUCUAAGGAAAAAAAUUCUGAUUGUACUAUUGUAAAAAUCUCCAAAACGUCACCCAGGAAAAAAUUAGUAAAAAAAAGGUCAUCAGAUGCUGGAUCUGAUUCACCUGACAAAUUAUCUGAAAAGGAUUAUACUAAUAUAAAUAUAAGUGAUGUGUCUUCAAAAAUUUCUUCCACUGAAUGUACAAAAAAGUCAGUGGAAGCCAUUCAAUUGAGUACAGCCGAAACAAAAUCUAAAAUAGAUGUCAAUGGUACAAUGUCCGAAACAUCUUCUAUUGAAGUACCUAAAAGUUACCAAAAAGCUACCAAAAAGUUAGCGGAUGCCAUUCAAUCUAUUACGUCGAAGAAAAAAUCUGAAAUUAAUGAGAAUGAUAAAGAAGCUGAAAUAUCUCCAGAACCUCUGAAUUCCAGCCACAAAGUCCAACUGUCAAUUGAGGUGCACCAUUAUCAACCAUUGAAUAAAUGUAAUGAAAAUUAUACAGAUCUUGAAACUAAUGAUGAAAAUUCAAUUUGUAAGGAUGAUGAUUCAUCUAUAAGUUUAGACAAACAUUCUGGAGAUUUAAAAGAUAAUAGUGCUGAUUUGGUUUCUGCGUCAGCAAGGACGAUGGGAAACUACAAAAGAUUAAGUCGGAUGAACAAGUCACAUCCUUUAAACUUGCAGCUCGGUAGUACAAAGCAAAAUGACAAAAGCUAUAAAAAACGGAAAGCAAGAUGGAUAUGUACUGAUAUAGUUAUCGAACAAAAAGAUAGUAGUAUUAAUGUUAAUCUGGGGAAGAAAGCAAUUUCUCAAAAGACAUCUGAUGAAGGACCUGAUGUCCAUAUGGCUAAAGUAACAGUACCUGAAUCUAUUCACACGGAAAAAAAUUAUUUGAAUCAAUCAAAACAAGGCUGUGAAUUCGAAAGUAAAAAGAAAGAUUCCAAGAAGAAUAUUUCUAAGGGCUUGGAUACAAAAGACUGCAAUUCAAUGAAGAUAGCUGAUUUAAGUAAAAAACUAGAAGUAAAGAAGUCUAAACAAAAUGUUAAAAAGGAGAGAACUCCUGUGAGACGUUCACCUCGUAAACCUGGAAAGAAGUUAGAAGAAAAUUCAGAACAAAAGAAGACGAAAGUAUCUGGCAAAAAACUACAACAUGAUGCUACUACUAAUAAGGAGAAAGCUUUUCUUGGAAAAGAAUCAUUGAAUCAUGAAAGCGAGUUUGGCCAAUUAAAAUCAAGUGAGAAAUGUAGCAGUGAUGUAAAUAAAACGUCAUCAGAAUCUGAGUUACCCAUGGAAAAGUGUAUCAGUCAAGAACCUAAAAGUGAAGGUGGGCAAAAUAUACAGAAUAUACCAAAAGAGAGCACUGAUGAGACUGCGUUUUUUCAGCCUAGUAUCAUACUCCCUGGAGACAAAAAUACCAAAACACAUUUGCCGUCUUCUGAUGACCCCGUGAAAGGAAACUCUCGUGAGGGUAUUCAAAAUGCAAGUAUUUGUAAUGAUGAUUUUGAUCCUCAACUUGAACUUGAUUAUGAUGAAAGUUCUCUGACGCAUCAAGUCCUUGUACAGCCUGAUGAAGACAACCAAAAAUCAACUUCAGUUUCUCCGAAAAAGGAUCGAAAAAUACAAGAAAACGAGUCUCUGAAUCCGAAAGGUGUACCAUUGGCUAACAAUGACCCACAAACUAUAAUGAAACCGCUCUUCUAUGAAAUGAAUAUAACCGCUUCAGAGCUGUGUAAAAUUGACAAUUUAGAUAAAGAUCCCAAGUCGAAAGAAACAUUAGUUGAUGGAAAAACACAGCUUGAUUGUGUCAACAUAAAAGAUAGCAAAAUUACAACAAGUGAUUUGCAGCCCAGAGUUCAACUGAUAGAUAUUGGUAAAAUUGCUUCUUCCUAUUCAAAGCGAAGAAUCAGUGUUGAUGUUGAAGGUGAAACGCCAAAAAAGAGGAGAAAAAGUGCCGAAGAUCGAAGCAAAAUUCGAGAUUUUAAUUUACUUUGCUCUGGUAAAAAGAUAAAUAAAAAUGUUGGAGUAUCAAACAGUAAAAAAUCAAAAUUGAAAACCAAAAGAUCUAGAGCUAGAAUAAUAAGCUCAACUUCAACUUCUGAAAAUGAUUUUGAAUUGGAUCAUUUUGCGGAAAUGAACGAAAUUGGUAUAUUUCAAGAUGAUGUCUUUUUAAACGAAAAUAUCGCUUCCUCGAGCCAUAUCAAGUCUAUGAGCAGUCAAUCUUCAAAAAUUGAAAAUAAUGAUGAAACUUUGUCUCACAUCAAGUCUGACGCUUCAAUACAAUUACAACAAACCUCCCAAACACCCACAAAAGUACUACUUGAAACAGAUAACUCAAAUUCUCCUGCUUUUCGUACAAGAAGCAGAAAAAAGAAUGCAGAAUCUGGACACGGUAUUAUAAAUGAAGAUAAUAAAAAUUCUAGUUUAAAUAUGCGGCAGUCAGUUGAAAAACAAAUAAACGCAGUCAAAACAAAACUACAAUUUGGGUGCUAUGAAGGAACAAGCCAACAGAGUAAAGACAAUGUUAAAACUGAUGUCAAAACUACUGCAAUGGAAAUGUCUAAUAUCGAAACUCAAUCCAAUGUCAGAAAAAUUUCUGAUAACGUAAUUUCUGAACAAGUUGACAAUAUCAAUACCACGUUUCCAUCAAUUUCAAAAUCACCAAUUGUUGUAGAUAGAACUUCAGAGGACUUAAUUUCAUUGAGUAAGAUUGAUGAUGCAUCAUCGCGAGCUUCAAAAUCGAAACAAGAUGUUGGAUCUUCUACACCUGUCACUACAAAUAUGAUUGAUGUUGCUAUGGAGGUUGUCGUAAAAACAAGUCCUGAAAAAGAGAAACAUAAAAAACAAUCAAAGAAAUCAAAAGAAAAGAAAAAUACCAGUUCAAGAAAGAGACAAAAACGGACUGGAAAACGAGAGAAAUUGAAAGUGAAAUUAAAACAGAAGAAACGUAAAUCGAAAGGAAAAUCAUUCAGUGACUUAUCUGUAGAUUCAAAUGGCAAUUUAUGUUCUAAAUCGGACAUUUCACAUGAAUUAUCGCUACUAGACUUAGCAGAUACAAAUUCAAUAUCAUCAUCAUUCGACUCCAUCAUACCUUCUCCAGAACUGAACAGAUGGCUUGCAUCUGCAAAAAAAGAUACCAAACAGGAGAAGAGAUCAAAAUCAAAGAAAAGCGAUAAAAAGAAAAACAAACAGAAAACUGGUGUCGAAUUUACAAAUGUUGAAACCAAUGAUGGGGAUAAUGCACCACAUUCUAAUUCAUCAGGCUCAUCAGGUUUUUCGCAACCAGGGCCAAAGUCAAAUUUACUAAACACAGAAUUGAAACUUUCUAAACCCUACGUGGCUCCAGAGGCAUCGAUUCCUGGCACCAAUGAAGGAAAAUUACAAAAUGAUCGUUUCAAUAAUUUGUUUUCAAGUGUUCGUAAACAAGGAUUAGAAGACCAAAAGCAGAAUCAAGAAAACAAAUUACCUCAAGAAACGAAGUGUUUGAUUGCCGAAAUCCAAAAUAGCUCGCAAUCGUUUGGAUUCAGUACCAGUAAUUUGAGUCUGAAGAAUGGUCAAAGUGGAAGUGUUGUGAAGACUUUUACUCAUCUAACAGAGAACAAGGCUGGGACAAGUUUUACUCCUUCAAUGUUCCCAGAAACUUCUCAGAAGAUUAUAAACCCAAUGCGAUGUUAUAAAAAUGCAGCACUUCAAUGGUUAAUACAUAUAGCAAGAUCAAAGUUAUCUGGUAUUGAAAUGCCACAACCUCUGGAUUUAUCAAUUAAGAAAGUGAAUAAAUCAUUCAAUAGAACGGCCAUUAGCAAGGAAAAUAAUCCAACCGCUGUAACAAAUUUGUUUUCAUGCAAACCUGUGUGCAACCUGAGUAGUGGUAAGUAUUGUGAAUUACAGUGUUCAUUGCAUUUAGUUGAACAUCAUGGUCUCUCUAAAAACUCUCUUUCAAUGAUCUUGUGUAAGUGUUUUUGAAACGGCUGAAGCAUCACUGUUGUCAUGACUCAAAUAAAGUUGUCCUCUAAUUAAAUGUUGUUCUCACUAUUAAUGAUCGUUAAAUUCUGUAAUACUUUAAGUGAAGUAGAUCAGGGGUGUGCAACAGUCGGCCCGCGGGCCACAACCCGAAAGGACAUUAUGUUUUGGCCCUUGCACAACACUCAGGUUCUUCCUCAUCAAGCAUAAAACCUGAAUCUGACAGUUUAUGUUUGAAAAGGCGCUCACUUCAGUAAAAAUACAUAUAUGGUAUUGUUUUUUGCUUUUGUCGCUGCUUGAGUCUUUCGUUUACCCUGAUACCUUUAUUACCUUCAAUUUGUGUGGCCCAGCUAGGUGUUUGAAGUUGUUUAUAUUGGCCACUGGUACUGGCACAAGAAGUAACAAUAAAAGCAAGACAAGCAGCACUGAAAUUCAGGAAAUAUGA